UACUCAAACGAAAUCGUCUUUCUGCUUGGCUUCAUUGACAUGUUUUUUGAAAUUGCACUGAUUUUUUUAAUGCUGUUAAUAACAGUGUAUUUCUACACAGCAUUAUUUAGACAAGGCUACGUUGAUGCUGCAGGGAAAGCUGUUUUAAUCACAGGCUGUGACACGGGUUUCGGUAACCAACUGGCAAAGGCUCUUGAUGGCAUCGGCUACCAAGUGUAUGCAGGUUGUUUGUUCAAAGAUGGAGAGCAAGCACAGAAAUUGAAAACUGUAACUUCAUCUAAUUUAAUCAUUCUCCAGCUUGAUGUGACCAGUGAUCAGCAAGUUGAGGAUGCCCUUCAGAUAAUUGAUGAGAGUCUCAAACUAAAGAACAUAAAGGGUUUGUGGGCUGUAGUGAAUAAUGCAGGAACUUCAACAUUUGGCCAGGUCGAAUGGAACACUAUGGAAAUCUAUAAAUUUGUUUCUGAAGUUAAUCUGUUUGGAACAAUAAGAAUAACUAAAGCAUUUUUGCCUUUGAUAAGGCAAGCCAAAGGCCGUGUUGUUAACGUAGCCAGUGGGCUUGCAAGGCAAAGUGCUGCUGGUCGCUCUCCCUAUGUUGUAUCAAAGUAUGGUGUUGAGGGCUUCUCUCAAUGUCUACGCUACGAAAUGAAGAAAUGGGGUGUACAUGUCAGCAUAAUAGAACCAGGAAAUUUUAUUGCUGCCACAAAUAUUUUCACCGACGAGAGCAUCAAGAGGUUGUCGACAAAAUUGUGGAAUGGAAUGAAACCAGAAGUACAGGAAGCAUAUGGGAGAGAAGAGUUCGACAAAUCUGUUAGAACCAUGAGGAAUUUUGCUGAGAAUGGGGUCAAGGACACAUCUCCGGUUGUGAAUGGCAUGAAAGAUGCUGUGACAAGUAAAUAUCCAAAGACUCGUUAUGAGAUCAAGGAUCUGUAUUGGCACAUACGUACUUUCAUUAUGCUGCAUCUACCGGAGGUGGUAGGUGAUAAGUUAUAUCAUUCAAUAUAGAGAGGGUGGGGGUAGGUUUCAUUGUUACAUAAAUAAUAAUUAACCAUUUUAAUGUACAAAUUCCAAGUAAAUUAACAAUUAUAAAUUAAUAUAAUAAUAAAGUAGAGAGAGGAGGCUGCUGUGGGAAGAACUUGUGCCUUUCUGAGGACCAUUUUGACUCCCUGCUGACUGAGUUAAACUGCCCUUUGCUCAAGAAACCAGGUCAGAACAUUGUAUCUACAGUACUAUAAAAUAUCACUUGGAUGUACCCAUAAAAGAGCUCAGCAGUAGUGGUAGUUGCAGUGGCGGAUCUAGAGGGGUGAAUAGGGUGGCUAGACACCCACCUUCAUUUACCGUGAAAAGAAAAAUAAUGGUCACUGUCUCGUUUACUCUGGUAAAACAUGCACUUUCUAUUUUAAGCUUGCUUCUUUUCAGAUUCCAUUUAAGAUCGUCUAACAGUCUACUAAUUAUAAACAAACCACAAAUGGGAGGGGACGCCCAUCCUAAAAUCACCUUUCCCCCUCCCCGGUUCUUCUCACCUCCCAUUAUCCACCCCCCCCCCCCCCCCCUGCUAAAUCCUAGAUCGGUCACUGAUUAUCCAAGAUGAUGGUAUGGUUUUUAUAUGAAAAUGAAAAUAAACUAUCCAGCAAAUGAUACUGUAUAGUAUUCCCGUUUUUACAAAUUAAAAAUGAUAGAAUAUUAAUAAUAAAUUAAUAAUAAAAAUGAUACUGUUCAGCAAAAAUGUAUGUAAAGAAAUAUGGGCCAUUGUAUACACAAUAUACAGAUAGAUGAUA